AUGGCGUCCUCAAGCGGAGGGAUGACCCACGCGCAGCCGAGGGGCUCGAAACGCGCGUCGAGACCUCUCCCCCUCCCCGGCGCGACGCUCGCGAACCUCCCGGAGAUCCUACGCGCGCUCCUCGCCUCCGACAACGACGCUCGCGGCGUCGCGGAGGCGACGCUCCGACAACUCUCCAGAGAUCCACACGUCGUCCCGUCGCUGCUCGCGAUCGCGCGCUCCGACGCGGACGCGAACGCGCGUCAGAUGGCGGCGGUCAUCCUGAAGCGACGCGUCAUCGCGCACUGGCAGAGGCUCGGCGAGUCCACGCGCGAUGCCGUGAAGCAGUCGCUUCUGGAGGGCGUCGUGCGCGAGCCGAUGCAUCUCGUCAAGCGCGCCAUCGCGGACGUCCUGGGUAAAGUCGCCAAGGCGACGUUCGCGACGGGGUCGUGGAGCGAGCUCCCGGAGUUUCUCGCGCAGUGCACGCAGUCGCCUGAGGAGUCGCAUCGCGACGUCGCGUACGUCGUCUUCGCGUCGCUCACGGAGUCGAUCGUGUCGCAGGCGCGUUCAUCAUCAUCAUUUCUCAUCGCUCAUCAUCAUCGCGCCAUGACCGCGGGACCCAACGCCGCGCACUUCGCGACGCUCGGCGGGCUCUUCAACAACGGCCUCGGCGACGCGUCCGCGAAGGUGCGCCUCUCCGCGCUGCGCGCGACGCUCGCGCUGGUGAGCAACGCGAGCGGCGACGCGUCCGGCCCGGAAAUGGCGAUCGUGAGGGGGCUCGUGCCCGGCGUGCUCGCGGCGGCGCGGCGCGCCGUCGCCGCGGGGGAGGAAGACCACGCGGGCGUCGCGUACGAGGUUUUGGACGAGCUCAUCGAGUCCACGCCCGCGGCGUUGGCGGGGAAGGUCCCGGAGCUCGUGGCGUUCUGCGUCGAGGUGGCGUCGUCGCCGAGCCUCGGCACGACGACGCGGCGCCGCGCCCUCGACGUGGUUGCGUUUUUAGGUGCGAUUUCCUUACACUGGUCCCCAUACGACCCCGUCGGCGUGGUGAACGCCUGCGAUCCGAACAACGAGGACGAGGCGCAGGUGCAGACGGUCGCCGCGCAGCUCGUGGACCUGCUCGCGCUGAACGUCCCGGCGAAACACGUGUUACCGGAGGCGCUUCAGUUCGCGUCCGACGCCGUGCGAUCGGGGGAUCCGAAGCGUCGGCACGCCGCCGUCGCCGCGCUCGGGAUCGUCGCGGAGGGCUGCGCGGACGGCCUCGCGCGCGUUGCGCCGACGAUCGUCCCGAACGUCGUCGCCGCGCUGUCUGACCCAUCGUCGCGCGAGGUGCGAGGCGCGGCGGCGUUCGCGCUCGGGCAGUUCGCGGAGCACUUGCGCGACGUCGAGGCGCACCACGCGACGGUGUUGCCCGCGCUGUUAAGCGCGUUGCCGGCGGAGCCGCACAAGACGACGCAGGAGAAGAUGAUGUACGCGAUGGACGCGUGGCUGGAACAGCUGGACGACUCCAACGUCGCGCCGUACGUCCAGCCGCUCCUGGAGAUUGUUUUCACCGCGCUCGACCGCGCGGCGACGACGCGGCCGCAAGUGCGGGAGAUGCUUCUCGGCGCGUGCGCGUCCGCGGCGGCGGCGGCGGGCGCGGCGAUGCACGCGCACCUCCCCGCGUUGCUCCCGCGGCUCGAGCGGUGCCUUCAGGCGAGCGACGACGCGGAGUUGAAGUGCCGCGCGCGCGCGCUCGAGGUGCUGGGCAUGCUCGUGAGCGCGUCGGGGGGGAAGGAGGCGAUGGCGCCGUACGUCGCGAGCGCGAUGCACGCGGCGAUGGCCGGGUUCGAGCUCGACUACGGCGAGCUUCGCGAGUACGCGCACGGGAUGUUCGCGGAGGUGGUCGAGGCUUACGGCGAGGAGUUCGAGGCGUAUCUCCCCGCGUGCCUCGCGAAAGCCGCGGAGAGUUUGGAUCUCGACGACGGCGUGCUGUACGACUCGGACGAGGACGCGGCGGACCGAGGGAGGGGGUACAACGACGGUUUUGAGAGCGAUUCCGACGAUUCCGACGGCGGCGGCGGCGGCGGACGAGGGGAGAGGUACAGCGUCUUCUCCGGGAUCUGCGAAGAGAAAGCCGCGGCGUGUAAGGCGAUCGCCAACUACGCGCACCACGCCCCGCGCGCGUUCACGCCGCGGCUGAACGAGUUCGUGGACCGCGUCGGGCGGAUGUGCGACUACAUGCACGAGAUGGUUCGCGCGCAAGCGCACCUCGCGAUGGCGCGAUUGGCGCGGUGCGCGCUUGAGGCGGCGCCGCCGCCCGCGACGGAAUCGCUCGCCGUCGUCGACGCCGCGCUGUGCGCGACGCAGCGCGCGUGUCUCGAGGACGACGACCGCGAGGCUGUCGCGACCGCGAUGGAGGCGGCGGCGGAGGUUCUGAAGUCCGUCGGCGCCGCCGCCGGCGGCGGCGUCGCGUUCGUGAUCGAGAAGGGCCACGUCGCCGAACUCGCCGCGCACUGCCUCGCGGUGUUGGAAGGACGCGCGGCGUGCCAAGAGGGCGAACACGACGAGCUCGAGCACGCGACGCGAAACGGCGGCGGGGGCGACGACGAGGAGGAGGAGGACGAGGACGAAGAGGCGGAGCUCGGGCUGAUCGUGUUGGAGGGCGUCGCGGAGCUUCUCCCCGCGCUCGUGACGUUUGCGGGCGCGGCGUCGCACGCGUCGUUUCAGCCGCACGUCGCCGCGUUGCUGCGACGCACGAGCGUCAACCGCCCGGAAGGUCAGCGGAGCGUCGCGUACGCGACGUUCGUGGAGGUGGUGCGCGCGAUCGGCGCGCCCGCCGCGGUGAUCGUCCCGAUGGCGUUGCCCGGGUGCGCGCGGGAACUGUCGAGCGCGGAGAGCGGCGGGUUGCGUAGGAACUGCGCGUAUUGCGCGGGCGUGCUCGCGGAGCUCUGCGGGAGCGCCGCGGAGGCGUCCAAGUACCUCCCCACGCUCGCGCCCGCGCUCGCGGCGUUACUCGAUGACGAGGACGAGGAGCAAGGGGUGAAAGAUAACGCCGCGAGCGCGUGCGUUAGGAUCCUGACGAUGCACCAGUGCGCCGCGGCGAAGGAUCCGGCGACGGGCCCGGCGUUGCUCGACCGGACGUUGCGCGCGCUGCCGUUGCGGGAGGACUUCGAGGAAGCGGCCGCCGCGUACGGCGGGCUGUGCGCGCUGCUGCGGGUCGACGACCCGGAGGUGAACGUCUUCGCGCCGAGGAUCGUGCAGACGUUCGCGCUCGUCGCGACGGAGGAGGCGGGGAAAGCGGCGAAGCGCCUUUCGGCGGCGGCGGCGACGGCGCGGGGCGCGGCGCGUUUCGUCGACUUCGUCCCCGCGGACGCGUUGCGCGCGAUGGGCGCGUGCGUGACCGAGAUGUCGUCCGCGCGGGCGGACGUCCACGCCGUGCUCGCGCGGCUGCCGCACGAGCAGCAGGCGGCGCUGAUGGGGCUUAGCAACGUGCAAUAG